CCUGACACCCCCAACAUUCCCUGCCCCCCCUCCUCCCUCCCUCCCUAGCUGUGUCCUGCCUAGCGGUAUCAAUACCUGGCUGCAGCUCACCACCCACCAACCACACCACACCAGAGUUCCCAGCUCCCAUAUAACCACUGAUCAGCAGCAACUCAAGGCUGGCUGGGGAAGUUCAGAGUGCGGCUACACCAUAGUAUACCUCUGUAGGCAGAUCAGUGUGUCGUUGCAGAGGAGGGAAGAGGACCAGCCAUGGCGACCUCCUUCCAGGGGACGACCACCAAGUGCACCGCCUGCGACAAGACGGUGUACCUCGUCGACAAGCUCACCGCCGACAACCGCAUCUACCACAAGGCCUGCUUCCGCUGCCACCACUGCAAGGGCACCCUCAAGCUUGCCAACUACAACUCCUUCGAGGGAGUGCUCUACUGCAGGCCUCACUUCGACCAGCUGUUCAAGAGGACCGGGAGUUUGGACAAGAGCUUCGAAGGUAUCAUCAGUUUUUUUUCCCCCUCCCCUUUCGCAAUACAAAAUAGAUCCAGUGGUUCUUGCAUGUCCUCACCUACAAAUGCUUCAGGAACUCCAAAGGUUGUCAAGCCAGAAAGAAACGUUGGGAAUGAGAAUGCUGUUAAAGUCUCAAGCGCCUUUGCUGGCACCAGAGAGAAAUGUGUUGGAUGCAGCAAGACAGUCUAUCCAAUUGAGAGGGUUACUGUCAACAACACUAUGUAUCACAAGAGCUGCUUCAAGUGCUGCCAUGGAGGAUGCACCAUCAGCCCUUCUAACUACAUUGCGCACGAGGGGAAGCUCUACUGCAAGCACCACCACAUUCAGCUGAUCAAAGAGAAGGGAAACUUCAGCCAGCUUGAGAAUGAUCACGAGAAGACGUCACAGGCUGGGUCACUGGAGGAUGAAGAAGAGUAUUAAUCACUGAGCACUAUCACAGAUGAAUAAUUAAUCUUCUUGCAUUUGCUUAGAGCACUAUAUAUUUCUGUGGCAUGGUUCGAUUUCAAUUUUACCAAUGGAGCUCAUGUGCGUUCAGAGAACAAUGAAAUUAUCGUCUUGUAUCUGCAUGUAAACCUUUGUUAUCUUUGAGUCAAAUACUCUACCUGUUUCACCA